AUGGACUGGGCUGACCAGGGACAGGAAAAAGGUAGAGAACAACUUGCAGAGAACCCAAGUACAACUGCAGUUCAUAUCCAGGUCAUUUGUGGUCGGCUUUUCGCACAUGAAAUAAUUCGGGAACAGGCCAAUGAAGGCAACAAAGAUCCAGACCUCGACUCAGCGGCUGAAGAAAUUCUUAGGAGAACUUGGUUCCAAUUACCAAUGAACCAAGUUGCAGAUACCAUUAAUGCAACCACCGAAGGAUAUGACGAUAAUCUAUGCUUUUGCAAAGAAGAACUUGAUGGUACGUCAGUGGUGGAGUGCUCUAAUGUAACCUGCAAGGAUAGAUGGUUCCAUAUGGACUGCGUGAUGGUGACAGACGGGGAAGAAGAGACUGACUGGUUCUGCAGUAAAGAAUGCACAGAAUCUGGUAACGGCCAAUUCUGUAUAUGCAGGAGUACAGAUGGAGGCAUUUUAAAAUGGACUUGUUCGAACAGUUCCUGUGAGAAGGGGAAGUCCUUCCAUCACUCCUGCGUGAGAUCGACUACGAUUUCUCAAGGCUAAGAAUCAGCCUGACAUAUCGACCAAGACUUCUGUCCCACUGAAUACGAUCAAUUCCCGUCUCAUGCAUGCUGAACCACAUUUUGAAAUGGAAUAGGUCUGCUCUAGAGUACACAAGUCAUCAUCAUCAUCCAUCUGGCGUGGGUCAGCGAGGAAUGGAGGCAGGUUCUCAUCGGGAGGUGAGGCGGUUCUGGAAGGCAUCCUCAUACGACUAUCUUACGGUGAGAUGAGGUCUGACGUCACAGUUCACCAUAUUGAGAGGACCGAUAGUCUUACCAUGAAGAGAAGGAAUAUGAUGUGGACGGUGUAUUUCCGGUCGGUGACGAUGGUCAAGAUGAUUGGAAAGUUCACCCGAUGCACUCUCAUCAUGGUGAGGGUUGAUCAAGGAUUCAGUUGGCCAACAGGAAUGUCCAGGAGGACGUUAGAUACUACGAUAGGAUUCAAUGCAACAAAACGGGUCAACCAAACUGGCUCUUUUUUAUGGCUUUAUUCAGACAAAAUGUUUGCAAAAAACGAGGGAGUUGUAACCCUCGUCUAUUACCUGUACUACUGAAUUCUAUUUUAGUAUAUAACGUUCCCUGGGACAUUCUCAUGCUGUAAUAACGACUUUCAAAGUGUGAUGGAAGAGGUGGUAUUAAUUUAUUGUCAAACAUACGUCAUGGAAUUCGUUUAAUACUUAUUUUGGACAUGCGACCUGAUCGGCGCCACUUUAAGGAUGUGCUUAAAAGGCUAUCUACCCCCCCCCCCUCGUGAAAAAAAAAUGGUUUGAAGGGGCGCACAAGUAACACUUGUCCCAGAUCGCCUGCAGGAAAAGGGCACCGUCUCAUAUCCUUGUUUUUAUUCUUUUUUUUUUAAUCGAAUCCUCAUUUUAAUAUUUAAUUUAUGUUUUGCAUGACUAAACUCUAAUUAAGUCAGCAACAGGAUCACACAUAAACAGGGGCCGCGGAACCGAG